CUCAGUUACUUGAGGCAACAACUGGGCCCAUCCCACGCCUGAGGCAACUACAGAGACAAGCUACACAGGGAUGGGUGUUGCCAAGCAGUGAGAGUGCAAUUGGGCGGGUGGGAGGAGCUUUCGCUUCCAGUUCCUGUUCAGUGAAUGGGAUGAUACAUGUUAUAGUAUUUGUACCCAGCCCAUCUCCUCCUGCCACAGGUACAGUCCGGCUGCGUCUGAUCCACUAAAGGGCAACCAAACCGCAGCAGCGGCCAAUUCCUCCUCCAACAACGUCCGGGGGAUCCCGACGCCACGAGUGGUCGCAGAAUGAGCGACAUUGCCGCAGAUAAUAAAUCAGUCGCACCAUCCGACAAGGAGAUGGCCAGUGUAGUGCACAGCGAUGAUCCUAAGGACGCCAAGGCUUUCUAUGAUAAACUGGCUCCCAAGAAGAAGCCUAGACUUCCUAAGCCCCAAAAUGCCGUGACCAUUGCCGUCUCCUCCAGGACCCUGUUUAAUAUGGUGGAGGAGAGGAAGAUAUACGUGGAGCUGGGAGUAGAGAAGUACGUGCAGUACCAGCAGGACCAUGAGACCGAGCCCCUAAAAACAGGGCCUGCCUUCCCCUUUGUAAAGGCUGUGGAAGAAGUUAACAAUCAGCUUCGAGAGCUUUACCCUGACAGCGAGGAGCUGUUUGAUAUUGUGCUAAUGACGAACAACCACGCCCAGGUUGGAGUGCGGCUUAUAAACAGCAUCAAUCACUACGGCCUGAACAUCGAGCGUUUCUGUCUGACCGGAGGCAAAUCACCGAUCGGUUACCUUAAAGCUUAUUUAACUAACCUGUACCUGUCGGCAGAUUCGGAGAAGGUUCAGGAAGCCAUUGAAGAAGGUAUCGCAGCUGCCACCAUGUUUAUAGCAAGGAAGGACACAGUUCUGUCAGAGAAACAGCUGAGAGUCGCGUUUGAUGGAGAUGCCGUUUUAUUUUCUGAUGAGUCAGAGCAAAUUGUGAAAGAGCACGGGCUGGACACGUUUUUUGAACAUGAGAAAACCAACGAGAAUUUGCCACUUGCUCAGGGUCCCUUGAAAUGCUUUUUGGAAGCCUUGGGGAAACUCCAGAGGAAGUUCCAUGCCAAAGAUGCACGUUUGAACUGUCCAAUCAGAACCUACUUAGUGACUGCCAGAAGUGCUGCAAGCUCGGGGGCCAGAGCCCUAAAGACCUUGCGCAGUUGGGGUUUGGAGGUUGAUGAAGCUCUAUUUCUGGCGGGUGCCCCUAAAGGUCCCAUUUUGGAGAAGAUUCGUCCUCAUCUUUUCUUUGAUGACCAGAUGUUCCACAUAGAGGGUGCCCAAGACCUUGGUACAAUUGCUGCACACGUACCUUAUGGUAUUGGCCAGAAGUACAACAAAUCAACCCCAAAGGAGACUGUCAAGAAGUAAAGUCAUUGUUCUACUGUGAAAACUGAUAGUAAGUCUCAAAUAGGAUUUUUUCCCCCGAAUAGCAUUUUGCUAGAAGUUACACUUUCAUGGUGGUUGUUUGUGGCCUUGAGGCUAGAUUAGCCUGUUUUAUUAUAUGGGGCUAUUGGGAUCAGUAGAGCUAUAAAGGUUGACUCAUAAAUACCUAGAUAUGAGCUCUAAACUUUAUUGUUAGUGAUAAUCUUCUUUGCACAAUGACUUCCUCCUCCAAUCCUUUUUCUAUAGAACUCAUAUAUAUCAUAAACUAGUUAUCUCAGGUGACUUUACUGCACAGCACUAUUAAAGUGUUUAUAUCUAGGUGUGUUUACCUAUAUAAUAUACCAUUCGGCCACAACAUACUGUAUGUCAAGGUUCUGAGUUUCUGUUUCUUCCUGGCCGUGCACGACUUUGGGGAUAUAUAUUAAAUUCGACAUUAUUCUGAUUUUUUCAGUAGGAAAAUUA